AUGGAGGAAUUUCUAGUCAAUACAGGCAUUCCGCAGGGCUCCCCAUUGUCACCAAUCCUAUUCCUAUUCUUUAAUGUAGAUCUUAUUGAGCAGAUACUCGCCGAGUGCCCGGACGUGAUUGUACUUGGAUAUAUUGAUGACAUCUUUAUCAUGACAUAUGGGACCUCCGCCGCAGCCAACUGCUGCACACUCACCAAAGUACACCAGGUUGCAGAGCGCUGGGAGAGGACACAUGCCUCUAAAUUUGCGCCUGCCAAAUAUCAACUUACCCACUUUUGGCGGAAGCACCAAAUGGUGCCUAAGCCGAGUGGUAGGCUGGAUGUACCUCUCACAAUCAAGGGAGUAGAAAUUAAGCCUACAUACUCAAUUAAAUAUCUAGGGGUUUAUGUGAUGGACGCUCAAGGCCCAGAAACAACUUCAUUUCUAAGCGUAGCAGUAUCGACGAAGAAAACUAAGUGUGAAGAAGAAGAAGAAAGGGGAAAACUGGCGCUGAGCCUUGAGGCUCUCCAAAUACACUCUGUCAUGGGAUGGAGGCCUUAUGGGGAAAGCGGUCUAAAAAGGCAGAAUUUUUAUCUGGAUACCCACCUCACUUGGGAAGUGCACGUACAGGAGAUGAGAAAGAAGGCUGCAAAACUGGUAGCGGGAUUAAGCUCAAUCGCAGGAUCGACAUGGGGAACGCCCCUGGUUCAUCUAAGGAAGAUAUACACAGCUGUCCUCCAACCACAGAUCAUGUACGCGUGCUCCACAUGGUAUAUACAAGGUGAAAGAGGGUUCACCGGUGCGCAGCGAGCUGCAGAGCAAGCCAUCCAAUCAAUCCAGGAUCAGGCUCUUCACCAGAUAUCCAGCGCAUUCAAACGUACGUCACGACAGGCCCUAGAGGUCUGUCUCCAUGUACCACCUGCAGAGCUCACGCUCGCAAAGCUGGCUGAGGAGGCCUGCCUGCGGAUCAUGACCUCACCACUUCGAUCUACGCUUUACCAAAUACGUGGCCAAGCCCACCGUAACGGGCUGGAACCUUGA